AUUUGUGGAUAAGAAUCUCCAGUUUAUGCCACACACACACGAAAACGAAACACACUAUUGGUUCCUAUGCAUUCAUUACUUACAUUACAUGCAACAACAUAACUUCACUGCUAAUGUUCAAACCCAACUCUCCCUAGAGGCUUCUCAACUGUACAAGAACAAUCCAGGAUGAGGUAUCUCCUUAUUAUGAUGCAUGGAAUAUAGCGAGCAAUCUUGCUAGGUCUUGCAGCCACGGUAUGAUGGCAGUUUGCUGAGGACUUCACGAAUCUGAUCAAGUAUAUUCACCCUCAUGGACCGCAGCCAGAAGGGUGCCCUAAUGAGUAAUGAAAGCGCUAAAGACUUGUCCAUCUUGAAACUGCAGCAGUACAAGAGUGAAAAAUCAAGCUUAAGCUCUACUCCAGAUGAAACAAGCAAUCAAUCCCAGUGUCUUACCUGUAUGGGGAGAAACAGUUGUCAAACAGUUCUUUCAAGAACAAAACUGAUGAAUACUUUGAUUGGAAGAGGGAAGCCACAUGAAGCUCAAGCCAUCUUCAAUAAUUUGACUGAAGAAGGACAUAGGCCAACUCUUAUAACAUACACAACUCUUGUGGCUGCGCUAACGCGCCUAAAGCAUUUCAAGUCCAUUUCUUCACUUCUUUCCAAAAUUGAAGAGAAUGGAAUGAAGCCAGAUUCGAUACUUUUCAACGCCAUGAUUAACGCUUUUUCUGAUUCCGGCAAGGUGGACAAAGCCAUGAAAAUCUUUGAGAAAAUGAAAGGUUAUGGAUGCAAACCAACCACUAGUACUUUCAAUACCCUCAUCAAAGGAUUUGGAAUCGCUGGCAGGCCUGAUGAAGCUAUGAGAUUGCUAGAGAAGAUGACGGGUCCGGAGGAAAAUGUGAAACCGAAUGAGAGAACAUAUAAUAUUCUCAUCCAAGCCUGGUGUACCAGGAAGAAAGUUGAAGAGGCAUUGAGUGUUGUGCAUAAAAUGGUGGCGUUUGGCUUGCAGCCAGACGUUGUCACUUACAACACACUGGCAAGAGCACUUGCUCAGAACGGUGAGACAGAGAAGGCUGAAAGGUUGCUAUUGAAAAUGCAGUACAAUAAAGUGAGGCCUAAUGAAAGAACUUGCGGAAUCAUAAUCAGCGGUUAUUGUAAGGAAGGUAACAUGACAGAAGCCUUGAGGUUUCUAUACAAAAUGAAGGAGCUUGGAGUGCAUCCAACUCCAGUAAUCUUUAACUCCCUUAUCAAAGGAUAUUUAGACAUUACAGACACAAAUGGAGUAGAUGAGGCACUGACAUUGAUGGAAGAAUUUGGAACCAAACCAGAUGUGGUGACAUUUAGCACCAUCAUGAAUGCAUGGAGUUCAGAAGGACUAAUGGACAAUUGUGAGGAGAUAUUUAACGACAUGGUGAAGGCUGGGAUAGAACCCGACAUUCACGCUUAUAGCAUCCUCGCAAAAGGCUACGUGCGUUCCGGACAGCCGGGUAAAGCAGAGGCUCUUCUGACUUCCAUGAGAAAAUAUGGUUUACAGCCAAAUGUUGUGAUCUUCACUACCAUCAUCAGUGGAUGGUGUACUGCUGGUAAAAUGGACCGCGCGGUUAGGCUUCAUGAGAAGAUGCAUGAAAUGGGAAUUCCCUCAAAUUUGAAAACUUAUGAAACUCUAAUGUGGGGGUACGGAGAAGCAAAACAACCAUGGAAAGCAGAAGAGUUGCUUGUUACCAUGGAAGAGAGGGGUGUAGCUCCUGAAAUGUCCACUAUGCAACUGGUUGCUGACGCUUGGCGCGCCAUUGGUUUCUUAGAAGAUGCCAAAAGAAUUAUAAAUGGUUCACAAGAAGAAUCUGAGCUAGAUAAGAACUUUGAGUCUAAUGGUAAUACACAACUCUUCCAGAAACCCAAUGCUUCUGAGUCUAAUGUGCUCCCAGUACCUGGUGUAGUGGUAGCUCAUCCACAAAGAGUAACUAAUGGCAACAUAAGAAGCCAAAUGAUAGUCAAAGCAUGUGAAAACAUGAGGAAUGCUACCACAUCCAUGGUUUUUGUUCGCGCAAAUUCAUACCGGGUACAACCAAUGAUUGUUAGUAGGCAGCAGGUUCAUAAUCAGAUUAUAAGGCCCCUUGAUUGUUGCAGGGUAGUGUCAAUACUUUGUUGAGGUUCAUGCCGAAUUGCUGAUGAGUUCUUUUGUAGAUAUCAUUCAUGGACUUCAGAAAUCAGAACAAAACACUUGCAGUCUUUGACAAAAUGCUGGUGUAAAUUGCAUUUGUUGAACUAUUGCUACUGCUUGUGAAUGAAAUGCAUAGGCUGCAUGCCUACAGAAUUCAUUGUCAUUGAUUUGUGCUUUUGUAUAGAUUGCAUAUUGCUGGGAAAUCAUGUCUGUAUUCGAACUUGUAAGGAAAACACCGAAAAACAUGUAAUAUAGUCAAUACUUAUACCUAUUUCACACCUAUGAGGCUGUGACUGUAUGGCCCUCUUUAUUUUCACCACUCAAAA